AGUAAUCAAACUGCGAUUAUAUCGUUCUGAUACUUUGUAUUUCUUGCUUUUGCAUUUUCUUCAAGAGUUCUCCCAGCAAACGAUCUCCAGGACACACGAAAUCAAGAAGCAACUGGACAGACUGAUUCAUGAAAUGAAAAGUACAGAUUGCCGCCUGCACAACGUCUUCAAUGGGUUCCUGAUGCUUUCGAACACCCAGUUCAUUGAAAACAGAGUAUAUGAUGAUGAAGUGGAGGAACCCACACCCAGAACAGAACUGGGAGACAAGCCAGAACAGGAGAAAACCCGUGAGCAGAAAGAAGCUGAUUUGAUUCCGAAAAUCCAGGAAGCUGUGAAUUAUGGGCUGCAGGUGCUGGACAGUGCUUUUGAGCAACUGGACAUUAAAGCAGGGAGCUCAGAUUCUGAGGAAGAAACUAAUGAAAGGGUUGAACUCAUACUGGAGCCCAAGGAUCUGUACAUCGACAGACCCUUGCCAUACUUAAUUGGUUCGCAGCUUUUCAUGGAACAAGAUGAUGUUGGCCUUGGUGAUCUCUCCAGUGAAGGCUCGGUAGACAGUGAUCGUGGCAGCAUGGUUGACAGUGAAGGAAAAGAAGAAGAGGAUUUAGUAGAAGAAUUUGGGAAUGUAAGUGAGGAAGACCAGAAACAGAGAGCAGUUUUGCUGAGUGAUGAAGAUGAUGAUCUUUUUGCUGACUCUGAAAGAGGGGAGGAGGAAGAAGAAGGAGACUUAGAAGAACACGCAAAGCUGAAAAAGAAAGGGACUACAUCAUUCACAAAUGAACUUGCAGCUCGUAUCAAAGGGGACCAGCUCUAUAAGCAAGAGGAACCAUGCUCCGAUAUAAAAAAUAAGACUGCAGUGGCUGAAGAAGGAGGAGGAGGAGGUGUUCCAUCAGAUGAUGAUGAGGACAUCUUUAAGCACCCCAAGCUGACUGAUGCAGACUUCUCGCCAUUUGAUUCUACAAAAGGCCUUUUUAGUGGCGGGACAGGACUCUUCGAUGACGAAGAGGGUGAUCUUUUUGCUGAGGUGCCAAAAGAAGAUGCCAUAGAAAGAGAAGCACAAGUUCCAGCAAAUGACGAACCACCAUUAAAAGCUGUGAGGAAAGUUCCUGCUGGAGCAGUUUCUCUCUUUCCAGGGAGUAGUGAUGUGUUUAACCCCUCCUCAUUUCCGAUGGGGAAAGAGGAUAAACCAAGAGAACCAAUUGCAGAUAGAACCCCCAGACUUCAUGAAAAUGUUGGCCUCUUUGAUGACGACAAUGAUUUUGAGUCAAGUAAGAAAAGCCCAGCAGCCACGUCUGCAGCCGAUCUCUUUGAUGCGGAGGAGGAUCUGUUCAAAGAAAAGCCUACCCUGGCCAGUGCUGUGACCCAUAAAACAAAAGAAAGUCAGGAACGGAAAGCAGGAGACAAGAGUGAGCAGUCUGUUGCGGAAAAGGCCAAGCCUGUAACUGGGACACCCUCAAAAAGCCGGAAGAGCCUGUUCUCCGAUGAGGAGGACGCUGAGGACUUAUUUUCAUCCAAGACGCCCGCCAAAGCAAAGAACUCGUGUCCGUCUAGCAAGGUGACGACAAAGCCCGCACUUUCUCUGUUUGCAGAUGAGGAGGAAGAGGAACUCUUUCAGUCUGGGCCUAAGGCACAUGUGUCCAAGCCUUUCCAAGAUAAAGCAACAACUUUACUCUUUGGCAGCGAUGAAGAGGACCAGUGGCAUACCGCCAAAGAAGUCAAGCCUGCCUUGGAAGGCAGUCAGAAGGUGGAACCUGCACACCCCACCUCUGCUGUUAGUAACACGAUUCAGAAGGGCCUCUUUGAGGAGGAAGUGGAAGAGGAUCUGUUUGCGAUCACGACACCCAGUCAAAGAAAACCCCAAAGAGCUGCUCUCCUAUUUGAAGAUGAUGCACUCAGUGGAGACUGGCUGUUCGGCUUCCAGCCAUCCGCUCUCCCAGGUGGUGCCCAAGCAGCAACAGCGCAGGUGGAAGCAUCUGAGAAGAAUCUGGUGGAAAAGAAAGCAGAACCUUUGAAUGAACCUGAUAUACUUCAUGGUCUUAGAAGAAGAGAUGCAGAAGAGCAGCAAUGGAAGGAGAAACCACUUCUAGAAAAAGAUGCCAAGAGAAAGACUAAAAGUGUAUUUAGCUUAUUUGAUGAAGAGGAGAAAAGUGAAGAUACAGAUGUUAAUAAGAGCACCCAGAAAGGAAAUGAGAAGCCCCCAGAGAAGCAUGCUUGUUCCAAGAGCACAGGUGUCUUUCAGGAUGAAGAACUUCUCUUCAGUCAGAAGCUGCAGAAAGAUAACGAUCCUGAUGUCGACCUUUUUGCAAGUAACAAAAAAAGGAUUCCAAAGCCCAGGGUAAAGCUGCCCUCAGAAGGAGAGCUAUUUGGAGAUGAUAGUGGGGAUGAUGGUCUCUUCAGCCAUUCCAAAACAAAGCCCCUGGUGGCAGAAAAGAAAACAAUAGUAAAGAAGAGCAAUGUUGUCCUUUCUGAGGAGAAAGACAGUAAGGUUCUAGAGAGUCAAAAUCUGAAGCAAGAAGAAGCAAUGUUGGAGAAUGCUGAGAAAUUUGUGGGCCCUGCUGAACAUAAGCGUAAAGAACCCGCCCCUCGGAUUGGAAAAUUACAAGCAAAUUUGGAUAUUAACCCAACAGUUUUGCUGCCUGGUGGUGUGAAGCCACCUCUUCCAUAUCCAAAGAGGCCAGGUCAUGAAUCCCAUGGCACACAGCAUGCCAAAAUGCCCUCUGCUGCAGAAAGCAAUGAAGAGCCGGGAGUGAGCUUUGAUUUUCCCAUGCAAGCAGACACUCUGCAGAAUGCCAACAAGGGCAGGGUCAAGGUGACUGGGAAACGAAGGCCACCCACCAGAAGUGCCAGGCAACGAGCUGCAGAGGAGUCCAGGGAGAAUGAAACAAACAUUCCUGUGGAUCCAGUCGUGCCUCUCUCAAAGGAGAAUUCUGUGACAGCAGCCACAGUGUGUCCGUCCAAUGCAGAAUUGUGCAAAAAAGAAAACACUGAAAAAGCAAAAAUGUUUCUAUCAAGCAAUAGCAGUGAGAUAGAUGGUAGCCCUGCCUUGAAAUCAGGAGUCUGUUCUGAUCCAGAUGAUUUCUUUGAGUCCGAUGACCUUUCUGCUAACAGCAUAACCUCGAAAGGGGCCACAAAGCCAAAAGCCACCGUGGAAACAGAGGACCUUGCGAACCGGGGUCCCAAAGAUGGGGAGCAGUUACCUGUCCUAUUGGCAGUGGAUGCGGCAAGUGCUAGAGGCCACAUCCGUCAGGGGAGACCUUCAAAGAAGCCCAGCCCAGCAUCUUUUCUGGAGGAUGAAGAUGACCUCUUUGCUACGAGUAAAGCAGCUGUGAAGAAAAAAGAUCCCAAACCCGCUGCUCAGCUGGCUCAGGACCCUCCUGUGCAAGAUAUUUUUGAGGAUGAUAUAUUUGCAUUGGAAGCCACUAAGCUGCCCAUCAAGGCAAAAGAGAUGGAAGCAAACCUGUUCAAUAGUGAUAUAUUUGCUGAUCUUGCUGUAAAACCAAAAGAAAGGAGUGCCAAAAAGAAGACAGAAGCUAAAUCUAUAUUUGAUGAGGACGCAGAUGAUAUUUUCUCAUCACAAGGUCAGACCAAGAUAUUGACCAAAAAGGCUCAGUCCAUUCAGACAGCUUCAGGAAGUAAAUCUGAAUCCAAAUCAUCAAGUACUUUUGAAGACCCACUGAAUGCAUUUGAAGACCAGUGAAGAAGCUGCUGCUGACUCGUUUGUAAUGCUCAAGACUGCCCACCUUGAAUGCCUUUGCUUCCCAGUCAAGCAGCAGUCAUGUCAGGGCUGUGGAUAUUCCUUGGCUUGUUCCUCAUUCACCCAUCUAAAUGUUUUUCCCUGCGUGUUCUCUAAAGGCACAUAGCUUUGUAAAAUCAGCGUCAGCAGCCUUUCAUAGUCAUGCUCAAAUUAGCUUCCCCAUUCCCUGGCUGAUGUAAUCAAUUGUACAUAAUACAGAUUUUAUUAAUCUGGGCUACAAAAAGAAAUCACUGGUAUGGAUAAAUAGCAUUUGUGAAGCCA